CAGAAACUGAGACUUAUCGAGGUCAUCGAGAAAAUUAUUAAAACAUAUUUAUCUGCAGACCUCUGAGACUUUAAAGAUGGCCAAAGACUCGCAUGAAGAGAUUUAUGAAAAUGUUCAAACAAUUUCAAACGAGAGAAAAAAGGAAACAUCAAUAACUUGUUCCAGCCGUCUGUUGAGUUUGUGGAUAAUUAGCUUCCUCCUGGUGGGAAGCAUUUCGGUCAACAUCUGGAUGAGUCUUCAGAUACACAAACAGGAAGCAACUUUCCAGGAGCUGGAGAUGAAGAUGGGAAAACUACAAAAUGACAGUGAAGUGCUGACUCAUGAGAAUAAUGACCUGAACUUAUGGCUGAGCUUUUUUCUGAAAUUCAAAAAUGUUCAAGUCUCAAAUUACUGCAAUGGUGAAAAGUGUCAGCCGUGUCAGGAAGGAUGGGUUGAGUUUCAGAAAAAGUGUUAUCUGUUUAUUGAAAAACAUCCUUGGAAAACCUGGAAGGAAAGUCAUGAGCUCUGCAAAAACAAAUCCGCAGAUCUGGUCGUUAUUGAUCACCUGCAAGAACAGGAGUUUCUCAGUAAACAGAUAAAGUUUUACUAUGAUGAAUAUCAUGGAUACUGGCUGGGCUUACGUGAAAUGAACAACAGAUGGGUGUGGACUGACGGACGUUAUGACACUCUGGGGUUCUGGAUGGGAUCAGUUUAUGGUUCCUCUGGUCCGUUUGCUCUGCUGAUCCCAGGAAAAUCUCCGACAAAGAGUUGGGACACAUCAGAUAACGCCUUUCUGAACAAAUUCAUCUGUGAGCAAGAAGCCCUGCAGAAGCUUGAGACCAGAGCCAGUUGGCUGUCCGACCUUUGACCCAACGCUGGGGGUUUGCAGAAGCACUUCUCAAAUGUCUGCUGCCUAAAUGAGCUUUUCUUGAUCUGAAGUUUGCAGCUGGUUUGGGCGCAGCAGCUCAUGAGUCUGUUUGUGGUUUUUAGUGGCAGAGCCACGCGAUAAAAUCAAACGUCUGGCAGAAAAAUGUGUUGCUUUCAAAUUCCAACCAGACAAGAUGGAGGCAAAGAAGAAACAUUUUAACUCAAUUUGCACCUUUUAAUUUGUUUUUGUAUAAAGUGUUGCAUUGUGCUGGUUUCACAGCUUCUACUCAUCUUAAAUCAUAUUUCUGCUGAUAUCUGCACAGAUUAGCAUUGUGUUCUUUAUCCAGUUUUUUAUUCUGAUGUUUGUUGAAUCUUUUUGCUUUUAUUGCUUUUCACUUUGCUGAUGUAACAAAAUUUGAGAAACAAUAAAGG